ACUUUAUUUAGUCUCCUCUCCCCCGCACAAACUUAGCAUAAAACACAUACAAAUUGCUAUCGAAUUGACUGCCAGCACAUCUUCCCGACAAACCAUGACUUCAAGCUCGAAGAAGUACGCCCUUGAUUUUCUAUCCUUUGUUAACGCUUCACCAACCCCUUUCCAUGCUGUCGAAUCCGCCAAGCAACGGCUUUUGGGGGCAGGAUUUAGUGAAAUUCGAGAGCGUGAUUCAUGGGCAGAAGCAGUUAAAGCUGGUGGUCGGUACUUCUUGACUCGCAAUGGAUCCUCUUUGAUAGCCUUUGGCGUUGGGAAGAAGUGGAAGCCCGGGAAUGGAAUGGCUCUGCUUGGAGCUCACACGGAUUCCCCAGCUUUGCGUGUCAAGCCUGUCUCGAAGAGGUUUGCAGAGAAGGGUUCUUUUAUGCAGGUUGGCGUUGAGACUUAUGGAGGCGGGUUAUGGCAUACUUGGUUCGAUCGUGAUCUCUCUGUUGCUGGUCGCGCUAUGGUCCGUCGAUCCGAUGGAUCCAUAGUCUCAACGCUCAUCAAAAUCAACAAGCCAAUUCUGAGGAUACCCACUCUUGCGAUUCAUCUCGACCGUCAAGAGACUUUCGCUUUUAACAAGGAAACUCAUCUUUUUCCAAUUACGGAUGGAUUCAAACCUCUCAUGGCUAUGACCGAACGUCACCACCCUGCUGUUGUGGACCUCAUUGCCGAAGAAGCCGGUGUUUGCGCAGGCGAUGUCCUUGACUUCGAGAUGAUUUUAUACGAUGUCCAGGCUAGUUGCCUAGGCGGCAUCAGUGAUGAAUUUAUAUUCUCCGCACGUCUCGAUAAUCUCACCAUGUCUUACUGUGCAACUGAGGCAAUCAUCGAAUCUCUAGAGCCAGAAAAUGCUCUCGACGACGAAUCAGGAAUCCGACUAAUCAGCUUAUUCGAUCAUGAGGAAAUUGGCUCACUAACUGCGCAGGGAGCACACUCAAAUCUUCUUCCUGCCGUAAUUCGUCGUCUCUCAGUCCUCGCCGGUGAUGGUAACACUUCUGACUCGACAGCUUAUGAGGAAACUCUUGUCAAGUCAAUGCUAUGGUCCUGCGAUAUGGCACACAGCGUCCAUCCCAACUACCCAGAGAAAUACGAAUCCCAUCACCGCCCUGAGAUGAACAAGGGCCCUGUGAUCAAGGUCAAUGCGAACGCGCGCUACGCUACCAACUCGCCUGGCAUUGUUCUCACCGAGGAGGUUGCUAGGGAGGCCGGGGUACCCCUUCAACUUUUCGUUGUUAAAAACGAUAGUCCUUGCGGUAGCACGAUUGGGCCAAUGUUGAGUGCUUCUCUAGGUACCAGAACUAUUGACAUGGGAAACGCACAGUUGAGCAUGCAUUCUAUUCGUGAGACAGGUGGCGCUCACGACAUCAAAUACGCUGUGAAAUUAUUCAAGAAAUACUUUGAGCGAUUCUCGAAUCUGGAAGAGACAAUCAUGGUGGAUUCUACCACGUGAGGCAGCAGAUGAGCCCAUGUAAUGCCAAAAAUCAUUUUCAAAAUCGGUUCUCUAAUAUUUUGAAGCUAAAGCAGUGGAUGCUUAACCGGCGUGGUGCCUUGACCUGCGCGCAUUUCUCGAGUAGGCUAGGGCUUGGUAAAUGGGAAACGCGACGCCUGUUCGAAUGAAACCUUUAGUUC